UAAAGAAUAGCAGUAGUGCAGGAUAUGAGGAAAGUAUUGUACUGCAGUAAUACUACAGAUUUAUUUACAAAAAUACAAAAAAAAGAAAGCUAUUGACAUUAAUAUUGAACCACGGGAAAAAUACACGAGUAUUUAGUAUUACACACCCACUACCAUCACAUGCAGUCAACAUUGUUUACUCUGCCUUAAAACUGCGUUAAGAGGACAGUGACAUGAUGUUGUUUGGCGCUCAGUAAACAAGUUGAAAAUUAGAGUGUCCUGUAAAAUUGGUUUAAUCUUGAUUUUAGUUUUUAGUUUCAUCCCCUUCCUUUCUAUCAUUAACUUAUAAUUCUGGCCUGAUCGAUCAGUCAGUACAGAGUAAAGAGGCUAAAGGGCUUCACUUGACGUAGGAACCAUAAGUUGUACAAAUGUUGGUCAGAUGUUCAAUACUUAAUUUUUAAAAAUACCUUGAAUUUCUUAUUUUUUAUAAACAUGUCACAUCUUAAACCCACUCUACUGGGCCAUGCCCAUGACAAAAUGCCAGCUGCUGCCCCCCAGGAAAGAAAACUACAAGAACACUAAAGCUCAGCCAGAUGGGUUUUUCAACCUACCACCGUCUCAUUAUCUCGUUCUGGUGCCCACAUGUGUUCACAUACAGGGGACAGGGGAGGAAACUGAGGGGGAAUGGAAAGGGGUGGGGACGAGGAGAGAGAGAGAGAGAGAGAGAGAGAGAGAGAGAGAGAGAGAGAGAGCCAGAGAGGGGAGAGGGGCUGAGGAGUGGGUCUAUAUAAAGAGGGAGAGAACAUCAGCCCGGCUGUCUCUUCUGUCCCGCUCAAACAACUCCCGCUCAGACGACUCCCCCGUUCAUAUUUACUCACUUUUACUCUGCUCCCACAACAAGUCUGACCAGGGAGGAUGACGGCCGUGUCCACGUGGAGAAUGAAUGGGCUCUGGAGGAAGAUGACGGUAGUUCUUGUGCUCUGCACCCUGUUACUCAGCAAUAAUGUGAUUUGUCAAGAUGCCUCAACCGCAGGUCCUGGUACACCUGCAACUGGUACUGGUCCUGCUAUUGCUGCCACUGAUGCACCAGUUUUUACAGCUGCCACAGCUGCAGGUGACUCUGCAGCAGCACCUAGUGGAAACUCUGCUGCCCCAUCAACUCAAGGUGACGUCUUACUGACGACAGCAGGGCCAAAAACCAUUGUCGAAAAUAUAGACGCAGACAGCUCUCUGGCUGUUUUAGAGAGAGUGGUUGAUGUCAAAUGCGUUGCAAAAGAUGAGAUAUCAGAAGACAAAGCUGUCAAGGCUGUCACCGCGACAGAUGACUGUGAGAAAACUAAAGAGGUUUUUGAGAACAAUGCUCCACUUUGGUGUUUCUCAGGAGGAUGCAGCAUAAAAAUCUUUCAAGAAGGCACCAACAUGUUAGUGGACAGCCCAGGUGCUGACUUGGCGCCUCUGGUGGCUGCAAUUCAAAGUGACGGAUUAAAACAACAGCUGGGUUUGACAAAGGGAGAGGUUCCCUCAUCGUCCUCAAACUCCACAGUAUUUGCUACAGUUCUGGUCACUGGUCUGCUCGCUGCCCUGGGCCUCACUAUUGGUUACUUCAAAUGCCCACGUCGGUCUGGCGACAAGGCAGUGCGGCUGGCAGAGGAGGCCUACCCAGUAGAUCAGGAGACCCAGGCGAGCACACUAGCAUCGGCGGCCCCUCUAAAUCCUCCUCCAGAAACCGAGGAGAAACCCACAGAGAACAGCGAUUCUACCGAGCCAGCAAAAACUGAGCCGGCACCUCCUCCCACCAAUGGCCACUCCACUCCAAAGACAGCAGACACUGAGCUGUGAAAUAACCUACCAAAGAGCAGCAAACCAGGAACCAUCCCAACAACCAGGCCAACAACCAACCAUUUGAACAAACGGAAAUUCACCCCACGUUCUGAAGCCUCUCCUGUCUGACGGCGCAGCACAGUGGGCGUCAGGGACUACUACCACGUCAUGGUUUCAAACUCCUUGUCUUGCCCUCUUGUCUCUUCCUCUGACUGUGUGCCUCAACAAGCACCAGUGAAGUGGGUCUAACAUUGGCGUUAAUGUUAAUGAUGGCGACUCACCUCUCACUCGUUGACGGCUUGUCAGGCUGGAGAUGGGAGGGAGGAGACCGGCAGUUUGGGGUGUGUGUAUUCUUGAGUUAAUCAGCACUGGCGUAACAGCGGCUGUGUGAUGUCACCACCCAGGAGAGCCUCCGCCUUAGGUUUAAAGCCUUGAUUGAAUCCCUGACCAGAAAAAAAAAAACAAAAAACACAUCAUAAUCACAUACAUUGAAUUGUUCCUUGGUUUACAGAAAUAAAGUGACACGUAGAUGGACAGGAAACAAACCUCACUGCCUUGAAAUCUUCUCAGCGAGGAACGCCAUCUUUUGUUUUGUUUGUGUAUGUGAUCAUGGUAUAGCUAUACUUGUGGGGACACUUUUUUUCCAUUAUUUGGGACACUGUCUUUGUGGGGACAUUUAUGGGUGCCUACUGAGUAAACGGGUAAAUUGAGGUCCAGAUUUAGAUUUUAGAAAUAGUCAUUUGAAUAAGGGUCAGAUUAGCGUUACAGUAAAGAUUAGAACGAGGCAUAUAGUUGUCAUUGUCGAGGUUAAGGUCUUGGGCUUCGGAACACAGUUGUCUAUUUGAAGUUCUCACAAAGCACUAAAACUGGUGUGUGGACGUGUACGUGUGUGAGUGAGUGUGUACAGAUUGGACAACUUCCAUGUGUGACUUAACAUGAACUAUAUGUGUACUGUGCAUGGACUGUAUAAGAAUAUGUAUUAAUACUUGCAUUUUAGCUUUUUGUUUUUCUGCCAAUGUAUAGAAGGUUUGGUUUCACAUUAGCAUUUGUGUGAUGCCAAAUUUGAAUGUGUAAUUAACAUUAGUUAGGAGUUCUGUAAAAAUAAGUUAACCUUUCAGUUGAUCCCCAAAAAGAAGGAUGAGGUCAUUCGGAAUUUUUGAAAUCCCAAUCCCAAUCUGACACUUUAAACUGAAAGAGGCUUCAGAAAGUCAACAUGGAGACCAUUCAGUUGUCAGUGUUAUAUUCUUUUUACUAUACUGUAUUAGCUCUUCCUUUCUAUCAGUAUUUUACUGUGCAGUGUUGUAUAGAGUGGCUAAUUUGUCUUGGUUUUAUUUUAUAUGCAUAAACAUUUGCAGUGUUUUGGGGUUUUUUUGAAGGGUUUUUUUUGUCCCAAAAAUUUCCAUUACAUUAAUUAAGUGCCAAAACAUGUGUCCAGUGGCAGAUGUGCCCAUGACAUAAUUUUAGUUAAGGACUAUGAGUUAUUAGGGUGUACUGAAGAAAUGUUUUUACUUACAUUUUUUUACCUUUGUUGAAAAGAAACACAAAUAUAAAUCGUAUGUCUCCAUUUUUUUCUUACAUAUUUUGUGGGGUUUUUUUUUUGUUUCACUUCCCUUCUGUUAGCAGUCUGUAGUUUAAAUCGAAACUCACACUUUACAGCUUUAAAUGAUGACAAAUGUCUAUACAUGUCUAUACAGCAGGUACUGUACCAAUGCAUUUAUACACCAUUUACAGUCCAACAGACAUGAAAUUCAAAUCUCAUCACCGGCCCAUACAGUCAUGCAGCUGGUUUCCAUAAGCAGUAGUAAUGACAUCACUUCACAGUGUUUUGUCUUCCACAGUUCUGGGCGGGGCAGUGAAAACAUCCUCCAGCUGUCUUUUUUCAAAGGGCACGUGUUGACUGGCAACACUGAUGCCAUGUCCAGCACGUAUCUACCACCACCAUCAUCACCACAUUUAUUUCUGUUUCUGCAGCUCUCCACUGCACAAAGAAGCAGAAACUGUGUUCGUUUCUCAUUAAUUCCCGCUCCGUUUUUGCCACCAGAUCAGGUGUCGACUUAAUUCCCAACCUCUACUGUCCCUUUCACACCACGAAAUUAAAAAAAUAAAAAAAUUCCCUCAAGGCCAAACAUCAUGUCACAAGUGUGAAUGCAACAGGAGAAGCACGUAGUACUAGACAAAAAUAAAUUAAAUUAAAUGCCAUUCAGUAUAAUAUGAAACGGGCACACGGCUCCACGGGUCAAAUUUAAAGAGUGUAAAUCCCUGUGGAGGCUUAUGGUGAUGUAUGUGUGCUCUACUAUAAGUGUACGUCUGGUAUGUAAAACCUGUACGACCGUGAACUCUGUGAGGUGAAUCGUCAUCCUGCCUAACCACAGUCCCAGUUCAAUUCUACACAUACGGUACUUGUCAUGUGAAAAAAACAACAUCUUUCUAAGUUCUUAAGUUCACUUUAAUAACAUAUUAAAGUCCAUAUUUCUUCACUCGUUCAUGAAGAUUUACUAGAUCUGGUUUCAAGAUGUGCACGUUUGGCUUUGUUUGCCCAGUGGCCAAAAGAAAAUUGAAAAAGAAAGAAUUAAUUUGUCCUUGGAAAAAGGUUUCUUUGUUUACAAGUAGAACUGUGAAUUGUCAAAAACAUUUGUUGUUUGAUGUCUAAAAUUAGAACAGUAACAAAAAAAAGUCCCCAACAGCACUGUGGUACAACAAAUAUUGCACAAUCUACAGCAACCAAUCACAUAGAUGGAAAAGAUGAAUAACAAAUCUAUAAAAAAAUAAUAAAGCGAUAUUUAACAUAUAUUCCCUUUGGAUUGAACAUUUUUUUUGCAAGUUGGGUUUUUAUCAGAGAAUUCACUUUUUGAAGGGGAGGGCGGGGUUGAAAAAAACAUUUCAUUUUAACAGGUCAAUUCAAACAUACAGCAUUGGUAAAACUGAAAAUCUGUCAAACGUCUUGACCUUACCCUUGUACAUGACCAGGGUAAUUAUAAAGUAUUAAUAAACAACUUCAUGUCAA